AUGCUCAAUUUCAACGUAACGCCAGAGUUAAAAGCCCUCAUCAGCGGGUCUGAAUUAUCCGAACAAGAGAAACAUGAACUUCUCAAGGAAAAAACGGUAUCCCAUGGGAACCUCAAGAACUUUUAUAUGCGCUGCAAGCCCACCCUGUCUUUACUAAAGCUAUUGAACACCACCAAAAUCAAUGUACCCAACAAGAACCAGAAAAACUCGGACAUUCCAAAGACAGAGGAGUUUUUGAAGUCAAUGGAGUUGCUUCGAUUGAAGGCCAAUGAAGAGGAGUACCGAAACCUUGUCAAACCAAAACAGGAGUAUACAACAUUAUAUGAAGUUGAUGACGAUAACUUCAGUCCGUCUCAAGCUCACAAGGAAACCAAAAGCCACAUAACAACCAUAUUUAACAUCUUCAUAAGUGUGGCAAGUGUUGUAUAUGCCAUUUGGUACUGGACCGACUCUUCAUGGAAGAUAAAAGACAGUUACAGAGUGUUGCUCUGUCUCUUCUUUGGCUUGCUCAUUCUUGUGGCAGAGGUUGUUGUAUAUAUGAGCUACUUGAACAAAAUUGACGAGGCGAAGAUAAAAGAACGCAACAAAAAGGAAGUCAAGAAGGUGAUCAGAACUGUUAACCUCAACUAA